AUGGAGGCUGAGGUUCUCAAGGCUGCUGGUGUGGCUGAUGCUGGCUGCCACGAGGCCUUCGCAAAUCUCUCCGUCGGUUGCCCCCUCUACAACGGCAACACUACCUUCAUGCCAGAAGGCUUCAACGGCGACUUUGCUCCUCUUCGCACUGCGCACCGCACCUGCCGCUUAGAGGUCUCGGCCAAGAAGCAGGAGCUGGACGCGUGCAAGACUAGCCGGGAAACUCUUAUCUCCUUGGAGCAGACGCUGACCACCGAGUUCCAAGGUAUCAACAUCUUCGAAAGCCCGGAGGAGUGCUCUGUGAAGGGAGAGGACGUUCUGCUUUACCUGGGCUCCAUGCGAGACCACUUCAAGAACAAGCAGUUGGCGUGGUGGAAGACUUACUACCACCUUGAGAACGUGACGGCCAACAUCACUCAGUGGAACUGCACCGACAAGGAGAUCGAUUACUUCGAGCAGAUCACGAAAUGCCAAGCUGCUCAGCUACAGCUGGAGGAGACGGCUUGCCAAGUGCACGAGAGGACCGCCGAGAACUGCGCGUCCCUGCCUGCCUGCUACAAUGCGAAGUGGGAUAGCUAUUUGGCCGAAGUGGCCGCUUCCAACAAGACCAUCCAGGACUUGAAGUAUGAGUAUCGUGCCAUCAAGCGGAUCACCUGCCUGCUGGACGCUUUCUCGGCACCCGACAUGGACGCAGCAAUUGAUGCCUGCAUCGCCGAGAGGCACUCUGCUGCGGCAGUGAGGAGUAGCUGCGUCGAUCAACGUGAUGGCAUUGAGAAGCCCAGCUUCACAACUCCGGACAUCUGCUCAGGAGUCACCUCGAUCCUGCACCCGUCGGACCACAACUUCAACGAGACAGAGUAUGCCGUGCACGGAAUCGAGGCGAACAAGUGCUUAGCGUCCUGCUGCACUAUUGACUGGUACAGCUGGAGUACCUUCAACAACGCCUACGUGACCCAGGAUCACUACAUGAUGGACGCAAACACAGGCCACAUGGCUGCAUUCGGCUCCAUGGAGGAGGCCAAAGCUGCGUGCGAGAUGAUGGGUUCAGUGCUGUGCUUUGGCAUCUACGACACGAAGUGCGAUGGUGCCAACGAAGAGCGACCUGUUACGUUGAUCAAGGCUCCGGGGCUGGAUCUCGAAUCCGUCAAGGAGUCGAACAUUGGAAGCUGCGUCCUCCGCAUGAAAUUGGGAUCUGAGACAACUGUGACGACGACCAUUGCCCAGAUCUGCAGCUAUGAGGUGAACGUCUCCCGCACAGAUCUGGACCCUACCGCCGUCUGGAAGACCUACAAAGUCGAAAACCAGGAGUACGGUGAGGUCUUCAGAUUCAACGGCUGCGCCAACGCAGAGCUGGACGAGGCAGCUGACUGCGUCAACUCGGGAGUCGCCAACGGUGUGCGAGUGUUGAAGAACAGGCACGGCCAGGCGGUGGGAACCGGUGUCUGCUGUGCUUCGGCCACCAACACAGCACCUGGGCGAGAGCCAGAUAACCUUGUAACAGCUAGGCUUAGGCUCUGCGUUUCAGUUUUCGAGCUUUGA